CGCCGCGGAACUGGAAUAGGCGUGUCCUCUCCCCUGACCCUCUCCCGCCCCGAGUCCCUCUGCUCACCCCCUCGCUUGUCCCCUCCCUCCGGCGACCGUUGCCUUUAUAACAGCCCCGCGCUGCGAGGGCGGGAUCGCCGCCUGCGGGCUUCCCGGCUGCUCGGGACUCCGGGGCCGCCUCCGACGCGCGAAGCCAACAGCCCAGGUUCGCGCGCCGCAGCCGCGGAACGGACCAGAAUGGCCACAGCAUCCCCUAAGGGUUGCCGCUCAAGCCUGGAGGCCAAGUACCACAGACUUUGUGACACCACUCAAAUCUGGGGCAUCGUCCUAGAAGCGGUGGCUGCAGUGGGGGCCGUGACUUCGGUGGCCUUCAUGCUCGGUCUCCUGACCCUCGUCUGCAGGGUGCAGGACUCCAACAGGCGGAAAGCGCUCCCGACCCAGUUUCUCUUCCUGCUGGGCGUGCUGGGUGUCUUCGGCCUCACCUUUGCUUUCAUCAUCCAACUUGAUGGCAGCACGGGGCCCACCCGCUUCUUCCUCUUCGGCGUCCUCUUCUCCCUCUGCUUCUCCUGCCUCCUGGCUCACGCUUUCAACCUGAUGAAGCUGGUGCGUGGGUGGAAGCCCCUGUCCUUGCUGGUGAUGCUGGGCCUGGCCGUGGGCUGCAGCCUGGUGCAGGACGUCAUUGCUAUUGAGUACCUCGUCCUCACCAUGAACAGGACCAAUGUUGCCAUCUUCUCUGAGCUUUCUGCCUCUCGGCGCAACGAAGACUUUGUCCUCUUGCUCAUCUACGUUCUCUUCUUGAUGGCAUUGACCUUCCUCACGUCCUGCUUCAUCUUCUGUGGAUCCUUCACCGGCUGGAAGAGACACGGGGUCCACAUCUUCCUCACCAUGGUUCUCUCCAUUGCCAUCUGGGUGACUUGGAUCACUUUGCUCCUGAUUUCUGCCGUUGGCCCCGAGUGGGACGAUACCAUCCUGAGCUCAGCCUUGGUUGCCAAUGGCUGGGUCUUCCUGUUGGCUUAUGUUGCGCCCGAGUUUCAGCAGCUCACGAAGCAACGGAACCCCAUGGAUUACCCUGUUGAGGAUGCAUUUUGUAAACCUCAGCUCAUGAAGCAGAGCUAUGGUGUGGAGAACAGAGCCUACUCUCAAGAGGAGAUCACUCAAGGCCUUGAAGAGCUAGGCGAUACGCUCUAUGCUCCUUACGCCACCCAUUUUCAGCUGCAGAAUCGGACCUCCCCGAAGGAUUUCUCCAUUCCGCGGGCCCAGACUCGAACUAGCCCUUACAAUGGCUAUGAAGGAAGGACAGGCGGCAGUUAGCUGUUCGGAAGAGCGGGGCGAACACAGCAAGUCAGCCAACCAGGGGGGAGGUCAAAGGGCGGGGGGCUACACCCGGAGCCGCCUAAGGAAACUGUACCGAACCCUUUGGGAAGAGCUUCCCUUCGCUUCUGGAGUUGCUGGGGGCUAACAGGACGGCGGGUCCCAGCGCUCCAGGGUUUUCCUGUGUCCCAUACUUAGGACCCGACUUCUGAGUGGGAGGGAGUCGCAGGCAAACUCAGGGUGUGCCCCUCGCUGUGCCCAGUCACUUCCCAAGUGGUGAGAGCUCUGGUCGUCUGACCGCUUACUGGCUGGAGGAGACCAGUUCUUCUAACUCAAGGCUGGUUUUGCGAGGACCGCUUGGCCCGGAGCAGGACAGCAAAUCUGAGCAAACACAGCCAAGGCCUGUCCCUGCCGAAAUCCACCCUGGAAGCCAACUUGCUGGCACCCUCCCUCCUUGCCUGGGGGGGAGAGGCUGAAGGUCACACUAAACGUUCUCGUCUCUCUGGUGCUACCACAGGGCCCCUGUGGGUCCCCAGCACCAGUUCACAGGUCACCACUCCCAAACAUGCUGUCCACCCCCAGACUGAAGCUCCCCUUUACCAGAGGUCCCUCUUCUGUAUCUCACUAGCAGGGAGGACCCCGAUUUCUCUUUGCCGGGAGAAUCAUCCCUUCCCUCAGCCCCUUGCUCCUCAGCUUCUGUAAAUAGCUUCGCGCUGCGGUCACCACCUGUGUUCCGUAAGUGGGCGUUGUCCUCAAAAGGAGAGAGUUCCUUGUAUAAUAAGUUAUUCACUGUUCCUCACUUGGAGAUGCAAUAAAGAUGCGGUGGCAACUCUUU